GCGCAGCUCAGAACGCGGAGCGCACGAGAGGAGAACAGUCGUGUCCUCGUGAAGUUGUGUCAGAAGUUGAGACGAAAAUCCGGCCCGGUUCCAGGUCCAGUCAGCCAUGGCGCGGCGAGACUCGGAGCGCACGUCUGUGUGGAGAGGACGGUUCUGGCUGGUGUCGGUUCUGUUCGCCACAGCUGGAGCUAAAGCCACGACGUCCCACCAGACAGCCCAGAGAGCCCCUGCCCCCCACAUGUACUACGCCUGUCCCGAGGGUGCGACAGCCAGAGUCAUAUGCGAGCAGGCGGGGGCCAACAGCGAGGAACUGAAGCACCUCUGGCUCUUCACCCCGUACACUGACGAACACUGCAAAAAGGGGCUGAGGCCGCGCAACUUGUCGCACCCUAAGCACCCCAGCAACCACUCCCCACAGCUGGGGCUGGACUUCGGACACACCAAGGACAGGAUGUGGGUGACUCUGACCAACGUCACGCAUGCCGACCAGGGCCGCUACUGCUGCUUGCUGUGGGGAAGCCACAAGCAUGAAAAGCCAACCCUGGAGUUCCACAGCUACGCCAUUCUUCACGUGUUCGCAGCGAGGCCCAGGGCCACGACAAUCCCGUGUUCCUCGGCAGUUCGCCACAAGUUAAGACCCGGACCGUGUCUCAGAUCAUGACCAGGCAGUCCUCUGAAACUGGACGCCACUUGCUGUCGGACCCGGGAACACCCCUGUCCCCCGCACACGGAGAUGUUUUCUUCCCAUCUGAAGACCCCAUCCCCGAGUCUCCAGACCUGCUGCAGAUUUAAAACAAGAAUAAAAUCAGGUUCUUCACUCAAACAGCCGAUCUGGAAACUGUCCUGCAGCUCUCCUCCUCUUCCUCGCCCUCUCACCAGCAUCCUGUCCUCACCAGCUGCCUCUGAACAAACCGGACCGUCUCCCGCACGUUUCCUGGAGCUCAGGAGGAGGAAGAACUGCGCUCUUUUUGGAUCCAGAAACUAUUUCCGCCUGAAACAGCAGCUUGAGGCCAGAAACGGAUUCAGGGAUUCUAAGCACUGCUCAUCAAGUCAAACUCAACAAACUUCGGUUUUUCUACAUUUCCUCGUAGGUUUUGGUCGUUUACGUUGGUGAGAACUCAAACCGCCUAAAGAUGCCAGUUUUUCCUGUCACUAUAGAGCCUGUGCAGCGAUGUCAUCCAGACUGUUUAGCUAGUUAGCCUAGCAUUAGCACACAAACAUGAGCUUGAACAUAUUUGUAUUAGUUGAAACGGGUUCAACUUUUGUUGCUGUGACAUAGUGCUACAACCAAUCAGAGAGGGUUUCAUUGACUGACCAAUGAGCAGAAAGUUUGCUACAUAGUGCACUUAGCUACCACGUUCAACAUUAUUUUAGCUAACUUCUUAAAAAACAUUACAAUUUCAUACGACACGUCACAAAGUGAUUACUAAGAUACAUAAAAAACAGCUUGAGGAAAUCUGUUAGCACCAGGGUGAAACAGUUUGGUACGUUUGUCCUCAUAAAAUCACAUCUUAGUGUGUUUGUUUUUCAGUAACGUUAGCAUCGUAAAAUUUGUUUAAUUUAUACCGCGGUAAUGCACACCAUUCACCAAUAAACGUUACAAGAAGCAGUAGAAGAACCAAGCAAAUUUCUUGAAGACGAGCAACCCGAGAGUGCGAUUUGCAACACCGCCGUCGCUAUCGCGUCCCGUGUGUCGGAAUUUACCCUGGUUGUGAUAAUGUUUGUCGGGUUUCACCCUGGUUGUGAUGAUAUAUGUCGGGUUUCACCCUGGCUGCAAUGACAUUUGUCUUUUGUCGGGUUUCACCCUGGUUGCGAAGAAGUUUGUCGGGCUUCACCCUGGUUGCGAUGAAGUUUGUUAGGUUUUACCCUGGUUGCGAUGACGUUUGUCGGGUUUCACCCUGGUUGCGAUGACGUUUGUUGGGUUUCACCCUGGUUGCGAUGACGUUUCUUGGGUUUCACCC